AUGGUUCUCGACAUCCCAGCGAGCAGCUGGCGCAACCGCGAGUAUCUCGUUUCCACGGAUCUCGCGCUCAUCCAGACGGACAAGGUCAACCAGGCGUUUGCGUCCGACCUGAUGUGGUGGGCGCAGGGCCUGCCGCGGGAGACUAUGGGGAAGGCACUGGGCAAUUCGCUCUGCUUCGGGUUGUACGAGGUUAUUGGCUUUGCGAGGCUGAUCACGGACGGCGUGACGUUUGCGUGGCUGACGGACGUAUAUGUUCGCGAGGAAUACCAGGGGCGCGGAUUGGCGCGCUUCAUGAUGGAGGCUAUCCAUGACACCAUUUCUGAGUGGAAGUAUCUGCGUCGCUUCAUGCUUCUUGCUUCAGACUCGAUGGACCUGUAUCGCAAGACUCUCGGGGUCAAGGACUGGCGGGAACUCGGCACGGACGACUUGGGCGUGGGCGUGCUGGAAGGGCCGGGUGGAAAGCACCCAGAUCACUAG